GGUAUAAAAAGCCCAGAGAGGAUAUCCCAAGAACUAUUUUCUAUCUAGAAUUUUUCUCCUCAUAACCUCCUGAGCGCUCACAUUAUUGUAUCCAUUCACAUCUACUCGAAUCGCGAAUUUCUCAUCAUGCCAUUCGACAUAGCCCCCCAAAAAGUCGCGGUAGCCGGCGCAUCCGGCCCAAUCGGCCAAGCCAUCGUGACCGAGCUUCUAAAAUCCGAACUCUUCGACAUCACAAUCCUAACCCGCGAUUCCACCACCUACCAAUCGCUAUCCGCUCCCGCGCUCAAAGUAGUCCAAGUCGACUACACCUCUCUCACCUCCCUCACCCAAGCCCUAACCAAUCAAGACGCACUCAUCUCCACCCUCUCUCCGACCGCCAUCCCCAUCCAAAAGAAUCUCAUAGACGCCUGCAUCCAAGCCCACGUGCACCGAUUCCUCCCCUCAGAAUACAGCUAUGAUUUCUACUCCGCCCGCAUGCAGCAGCACUGCCACAGCAACCAGAUCUUCGCCCAAAAAAUCGCCAUCGAAGAAUACCUCAAAGAGCAAGCCACCCAAACCUCUCUGAGCUACACCCUCGUCUUCAGCAACCCCAUCCUCGAACUAUCGCUCAAGAACAACCUAUUCUUCGAUUUCCAAAACCGCGCCGCAACACUCCAUCCCCAAUCGAAAACCGUCCCCAUCUCCCUCACCACCCUUCACAGUCUUUCAAAAGCCGUCCGGAGAAUUCUCACACACCCGCGCGAAACGGCAAAUCGUCCUAUCCGCAUCAAGGAUAUUGAUAUCUCUCAUGAAAAACUGUUGUCAGUUGCCCAAUCACUCACACCCGGUCAAGAAUGGGAUAUUCGCACCGAUGUAAGCUCAGAUUCGGACUCAAGUUUCGAUUUCGGGGGUAGUUUUGAGCGCGUGCAUAACAGUGUAUUCGGAAUCAAGGAGAUGACGCUAGGAGAAUUGGAGGAAUUGGUAAGAGUCACGUGUGGAUCCGAACAGUCAUGAUGAGGAUUAGUUUUAAUAUCUCAAGUCGAGAGAUAAAUGUACCUAGGCGUUGGAGGCGGCGUUCUGAAAGCCCUUCGGACUUACUGUUUAAAUUACUGAGACAAUUUCAUCUCUGCAUAAAUUUUCAACACCAUAAUCAAUUAACAAUAAACAUUUCACAUUUCACAUGCGAGGAAAUGAGGAGCACCUCCA